GACGUCGACCUUCAUCACGCUGAGCCUGCUGUACGCGACCUUGCUCGUGGUCGUGUGUCUGGGCUUCGUGCUCUCCGAGGUCCUCACGCACAAUGUCCCGCUCUACUACUACGAGGCUUUCUUCACAUACCUGUACGGAAUCAGCAUACUGUUCCUGCUGUACGUGUUCUGCUACCUCCUGUCGGGCUCUGCGAGGGAAAGGAAGCCCAAAAAACCCCAGGUCUUUAUGGGUCACCACUCUGGCCAGUACAAUGUGUCCGAGUAUGAAUAUUACGCAUACAAUGAGGGGGUGCUGCAGAAGGUGCGGCAGCCUGAAGGCGUACCAGAUGGUUCACCAACACAGGAGAAGCUCACCUCUUCAUCAAGCUGCAGCAAGCCUCGGAAGCACAAGACCUCUGACAACGAGCACAGCCAUGGAUCUUUCUUCCUCAGGAUUGGUGCCAUUGCCUUUGGUCUUGGCACUAUGAUCUACAAUGGACUGGAGUUUGGUGUGUUCUUUGAGAUCCCCACAUCAUCCCCAUGCUACCAGAUCUUGCGAGGGGUGAACCCACUGCUGCAGCUGGUGUUCACUUUCAUGCAGAUGUAUUUUGUCUUCAUGAAUGCCAGGCUGAACAUCCACAAGUUUAAAUUCCUUGCCCGAUUUGGCCUGAUGCACAUCGUUGCAACCAACUUGUGUGUCUGGGUUCGCACUCUGGUGAGGGAAAGUCUGAAGGAGAUCAACGAAUUCAAGGUAUCUCAAGGACAGAGGGGCGAAGACUACAUGAUUCUAGAGGGUAUUCGACGAGCACUGGCAAAUCGUGGCCUUCUGGCCCCCAACAGGUACCUCUAUAAUCUGGACGAAUUCGUUGAAAUGCAGGAAAUCAAUGAGACCUUGCAGCAGGAGAGCUCUUGGGUGACUGAGGAGGACAUUGUAAACCGUACCUGCGGACGUGUUGAGAUCAUGGGCUCCAUUGUUUCGGACUCAGCUCCCUACCUGUACCCAUUCAUCGUUGAGUAUUCUCUCAUCGGGGCUUCUGUGCUCUAUAUCAUGUGGAAACACAUUGGUCGCAAUCCAAGGUUUGUCUAUGAUCCUGAAGUCGCUGGGGACGGGAUGUCAGUGGUGUCACGCCGUUGCCACUCCCGUGUGGACUGUGUUGGCGCCAGCAAGGGCCUGUUCUGUGGACUCCUUGUGCUGGUGGCUUCACUUAUCUGCCUCAUCCUCUUCUUUGUCCUAGUCAACCGUGAUGAACUCAAGAUGCUGGCCAUCUACCUGGCUGAUUGUUCCCACUGUGGCAUCAUGUUCUUCAGCAUCAUCGCUAUGUUUAUAGGCUUUUUCAGAGUUCGUCAAUUGAAAUUCCAUGGAGAACGAGAAGAGGAACUGGAUGACAUUCUCCUCAUGGUCUCAGCCUUUGGUCUCUUUGCAUAUGCUGUGUUCUCUGCUGUUGCUGGAUCUCUCUCAGCUUACACCAAAGAACCAAACUUACUUGUGAUGGUUACAGGCAUUCUUUCUGUGCUCCAGGUGAUUAUCCAGAUGGUAUUCAUCAAGGAUACACAGCGCCGCCAGGUGUCACUACCUGAACACGAACGAACCAAACCCGGUCGUCAAGUUGUUACGUUCCUGCUCAUCUGCAACUUGACCAUGUGGGUCAUCUACACCUUUGAAACACAAAAGGUGGAAGCAAAUCCUGUCCAGUUGGAGUUCUUUGGAGACUUACCAUGGACCAUCCUCCUGCGUUGCACGCUGCCCCUGGCCAUCUUCCACCGCUUCCAUUCCACAGUGGUCCUGGCUGCCAUCUGGAAGAAUUCAUACAAGACCCGUAUUGAAUGAGGUUUGCCAGGAAGGCCGCCGCCCACCACGACGGUCCACAGCAUCAGUAGUUGCUUUAUCCAUACCAACGGAGUGGCCCGAGGGGUCCCAGAGAACCCACCCCCGGAGCUGGAACCCAUGCUUCACACACCCACUAGUCCCCCACCUGCCCUGGAUCAACGCUCAGAACAUAAAGUCUCUCUAUUCAGUAUCAUAUGAACAGUAUCUGUUUCAGUCAAUGGUCCAGCAAGAUGCUAUUUGGAGUAUUUACUCAUGAUAGGUUACAGUAAAUAUUUCAUCAAACAGGGUUUGCAUACACAGCAUAUACUGAAGUUGUUCUACAUCAAAAUGUGCCAUUUUCAAUGGAAAAUCACGAAGAGUACAAGCAGCAAUGAUGCUAUGGACAAAGUGUUAUUUCUUAAUAUUGUAUUAGGUGUUACUCAUGAGCAGUUUCCUGCAUUUCAAUGAAGGAAAUUUCAGUGUUUUCAUGUGAUGAUUGAUAUAUUGGAUUUACAGUAAUCUGUUUCUUAAAUCAGUGAUCAGUAUUUCCGGUGUAACUGCGUGUGAAGGCUACCAGACUCUGUGUUGUAAGUUAUGCCUCAAAGCUGUAAAUACUGUAGAUGCUUACCCCGAGCUUUAAGUCAGGCAACUGCUUUUUGUUAUCUGCAGUAAUAGUGUACUUUAGGCUAAGUCGCAUGGAGAACUCACCUACCCUUAGCUCGUGGGUCCUGAUCAAGCUUUUUUUUCGACUAUUGCAAAUUUUAUGCUGUUCAAAUUCAACCUGUGCAUGAUAUAAUACAUUUUACUUGCUUUUAGAGUAAAACUGCAAUGAAUUUGUAAUGAACAGACAAAAAAAUCAGCUGGUCGAGAUCCACCAAAUAAAUGUGUUCAGAAUGAGUCUCCGGCAGCUACAAAAAGUCACAAAAAAGUUUGUUUUAGUUUCUCUCAAUUUCCAAGAUUUGUAUAUACAUUAGGCUCACUCCACCAUGUGUUUUAUCCAGCAGCACUUUCCCAGUUAUGUUUAUACAUUAGACCUAGAACUCCUGCUGCAGUAGAGAUGUGUUGCACCAUGUAACACAAUGGCUGCUUUUGUAAAUACCUUAUAGCUGUCUUGCUGUGUGUUUGACCCAUCUCAGUAUUUCUCCAUAGUACAUGAUUAAUGGUAUUUGUGCAAGGUGGAAAGUAUUUCAUUUAUGAUGUCCAUUUUAUAAUAUGAAUGGAAAUAUUAUUGUAGUGUGAUGUAUUGUUCACACAGUACUUGAUGAGAUUCAGUGUCAGUUACUAGACUUCAGAGAGGAAGCUCAUAGGGGCAUUAGACACCCCAGCUGAGUGUGCUAACAUACUGUCUGAGUUCAUCAAGUAUUUCUUUAUUCAGAACCAUUUGUAUGAAGUGUGUGUUCAUUGUACCUGUCCCAUAUUAGACAAGAGCUACCGAGAAUACCUAUUAAUUUUAUCAAACUUAUCCCUUCUUCAAAAAUCUGUAAAGGUUACUGUGAAGACAAUAAUGCAUGGAAACCCUAUUUUCUGGUAAGUGAUUCAUUAUCAAAGUAUAGAAUAUAUUUUUUGGUCCCUUUUGUUUCUCUGUAGCUAGUAGCUUUAACGAAUCUCUUUGAUGAGUAUGUGAGUUAUUGACCAUAUAAGAUAAAACUUGUGUACAACUUAUUGUGCAUCUCACAUUUUGGGGUUUGGAAACACGACAAUAAGUAGGAUGACCUGUAGCAAAGUUUUACAUGGAUUUUGCAUUUUUUGAAUAUGCGUAAUUUUGUAUUCACGAGCAAGUCAGAAACCGGACUGUUCUCAUUUUGCAAAAGACUUGUAGCCAUGACUAGUAGCUCUUUUGUGCGUGGCAAGCCUCUGUGAGUUUCAUCUGGAGCAAGUCUUCAAGCCGUGUUAUACAAGAAGUGUGGCCUGGAGUGCACUACCAUGUUGUGGCUUCAUCAUCACUAUUGGUCUGUUGCUAAAGUUUUAGCAAAUUUACACUGCCAUUAAUUUCCAGCAUCAGAAAAAUUCUGAAAAAUACCCUGGUUAUUGUGAUCUUUCCUCAAAGUGGACCAUUCUCUGCCAGGUUAACAGAUGCUCAUAAUUAUCCCAUCGAAAUGAUGAUGGAUUUUGCUAGGACUUGGUAGACAGGCCACAGACUAUGUUUAUUGCAUUAAAUAUAAAUGUUCGUACCAUAACUCGACUAUCUGUAUCCCUAUGACUUGUGUGUGCUUACAUGAAAAUCACUUGAGUGUAGACAUUGUUUAAUGGUGCAGUAUCUUCUGUCAAGUAAAUUGUUGCUGAAUGUGAA